GCUGUAUGUGUGUGUGUGUGUGUGUGUGUGUGUGUGUGUGUGUGUGUGUGUGUGUGUGUGUGAGAGAGUGAGUGAGUGAGGGCUGUUAAUGACAGUGUUUGUGAGGCAGGAGCUCCUGCAGGCUGCAGUUCUGCAGCUCCGGUUCAGAGGAUUUCCGUGUUCAGCUGCUCGCUCUGUCCGCUGUUGUCCUCCUGAUGCAGGACCCGAGGCGCCAUGGCUUUCAUUAGGAAGAAGGAGCGCUCCCGGGAGAGGUUCUCUCUGUUGUUGCUGGAUCUGGAGGAGUAUUAUUUUGAACAGCACACUGCAUAUCAUAUGACUGGCAGUGGCAGCAGUGCUGCACCAAACAGACAUAAUCAAGGUUCCCUAAAGAUCUGCUCUAAAUCAAUAAUUUUUGAGCCGGAUGAUCAGAAUGAACCCAUUCUGAAGAUUCCCCUCAAAGAUUGCAAGAGGAUAGAAGCACUGGAGGAGAAUGAGAGCAACCCUUUUAAAGAAACCAAACCUGCAUGUCUACUUAUGGAAACCAAGCAGGUGUAUCUUAUCAAAGAGGGCAACGCUGUCUCUCCGUACAGAUAUCUGCGGGGUGAAAGAAUUGUGAUAUUCCAGCUGGACAUUUCCAAAAAAACAGAAGAUGUUGUACAGACUUUGCUGCAGUUGCACAGAGCAUCAUGUCUGGACAAGCUGGGUGACCAGACAGCCAUGAUUGCUGCUAACUUACAAUCCAGGUUGGCACGAACAUCUUUUGAUAAGAACAGCUUUCAGUGUGUGUCUGAGAGCCCACAUAUGGACUGCGAGGCUGAGAUGAUAACCCCAUUAGUGACCAACCCUGGACAUGUGUGCAUCACUGAUGACAACCUCUACUUCCAGCCCCUGAACAGUUACCCUGACUCAGUGGUGCAGAUUGGACUCCGUAGCAUCAGACGUAUCUACAAGAGAAGACACGGCCUGAGACCAUUGGGGCUGGAGGUGUUUUGUACUGAGAAUGAUCUGUGUUCAGAUAUCUACUUGAAGUUCUACAAUACUAAAGACAGGGAUGAACUGUACUACUACAUCGCCACUUUCUUAGAGAACCACAUAACAGAGCAAACAGCAGAGAGUUACAUGUUGCUGUGGCAGAGGGGACACAUCUCUAACUAUCAGUACCUGCUGCACCUCAACAACCUGGCAGACCGCAGUGUUAACGAUCUCUCUCAGUAUCCUGUGUUUCCCUGGGUUAUCGACGAUUACAGCAGUCCUCAAUUAGAUUUGUUGAAUCCGGCUUCCUUUCGGGAUCUCAGUAAACCUGUGGGAGCUUUAAACACAGAGAGACUGGAAAGACUACUGGACCGCUACAGGGACAUGCCUGAACCACGUUUCAUGUACGGUAGUCAUUACUCUUCUCCUGGAUACGUUCUCUUCUACCUCGUCAGAGUGGCUCCAGAGCACAUGUUGUGUUUGCAGAAUGGACGUUAUGAUCACGCAGACAGAAUGUUCAAUAGUGUUGGAGAAACAUGGAAAAAUUGUUUAGAAGGAGGAACUGACUUCAAGGAGCUGAUCCCAGAAUUCUAUGGAACUGAUUGCAGCUUCUUGAAGAACAUGCUGAAUUUGAAUUUAGGUCGGCGGCAGGGUGGAGGGCAGGUGGGAGAUGUGGAGCUUCCUCCUUGGGCUUCAGAUGCUGAUGACUUCCUGCAGAAGAUGCGUGCUGCAUUGGAGAGUCAGCAUGUGUCUGAGCAUCUGCACGAAUGGAUCGAUUUGAUCUUUGGCUACAAACAGAAAGGCAGUGAAGCUGUGGCAGCACAUAACGUUUUCCACCCAUUAACAUAUGAAGGAGGCAUUGAUUGUGACAGUAUUGAAGACCCAGAUCAGAAGAUAGCGAUGCUAACCCAGAUUUUGGAAUUUGGGCAAACGCCUCGACAGCUUUUCACCACUCCUCAUCCUCAGAGAAUCACUCCCCGCUUCCACAACAUCUCAUCAGGAACCAGCAACAGCACCUCGCCCAAUGAGCUUUCACCAGGAUCUCCAAGUAUGGAAUCUUUUGAGGAUCUGACAGAGGAGAGUAAAAAGCUGGCCUGGAGCAAUAUGAACAGACUUACAGCACAGUCCAAUCACAAGAUACACAAAGAGGCAGUGACGGGUAUUGCAGUGACUUCUAAUGGAGCGUCCGUUUUCACAACGUCUCAAGAUUCAACUUUGAAGAUGUUCUCUAAAGAGAGCAGUGCACUGCAGAGGAGUGUGUCCUUUUCCAACAUGGCUUUGUCCUCAUGUGUAAUGCUACCAGAAGACAAAACAGUGGUUUGUUCUUCAUGGGACAAUAAUCUGUACUUCUACUCAAUAGCCUAUGGUAGAAGACAGGAUACGCUCAUGGGCCACGAUGAUGCAGUCAGUCAGAUUUGCUGGAGAGACAAUCAGCUGUAUACGGCCUCCUGGGACUCUACAGUAAAGGUCUGGAAAUGUAUGGCAGCAGACAUAUCCAGUAAUAAGAGAACUCAGUUUGAGCCGCUCGCUGAACUGGAACAUGAAGCUGGAGUUAACACAAUAGCUAUAAGCCCUGCUGGUACACUUUUAGCCUCAGGCACUAAAGAGGGCACUCUUAGUGUUUGGGACCUUGCCAGUUUCUCCAUGCUUCACCAACUAUCCUGUCAUUCUGGAAAGAUCCACCAAGUGGCCUUCAGUCCAGACAGUAGAAAUAUUUUAAGUGUGGGCGAGGAUUCGUGUUUGAAGGUUACAGAUGUGCAGACAGGCAUGCUUUUGUCCACUAUUCAUGCAGAGGAUGAGCAGAGGUGUUUCUGUUGGGAUGGUAACGUUGUUUUGUCUGGAGGACAGUCAGGGAGCUUGCUGGUUUGGGACCUUCUCUCCAGUAAAGUCAUACACAGCAUUCCUGCUCACUCAGGUCCCAUCACUUGCAUUUGGAUGAAUGAGCAGUGCAGCAGUGUCAUCACAGGAGGAGAAGAUAAACAAAUCAUGUUCUGGAAACACCAGUAUUAAGACACACGCACACACACAACACAUGAAGCCAAGUUUGCUGGACACAGGUGUUCAGUUCAGGCCUGUAAUUCAAGUAUGAGCAUAAAUAUGAUACUGAAUGGAGAACAUAACUUUGUCUGUGGAGCCUGUACAUGGCCGUGGUGUGUUUUCUGCUCUAACACACCACAACUCCCAACACAAUAUCAGCUUGUUAAUGAACUGAUUAGAUGGGUCAAGUGUGUUAGAGAUCCCAGGUUUUACUGAUAUUGUGUCCUUUUUUUUUCUUUCUUUCUUUUUUACAGUGCAAAUGCAGUGUAUGUUUAGCCUAGAUACACGCCAUUCCCAGUUUUAUCAUUUUAUACUUAUAUUUUAUUACUUUUAAUUUUUUUUCUUUAAAACUGAUACAAAGGUGUUGUUGAAAGUGGCCACUUGUGGAAUAGUGAGCCGUAAUAUUCAUGAUUAAUUGCAUAAACAUUCUAGAUUGGGUUGUGUUAUUAUAACUGCAUCACUUCCUCCCAUUUCCCAUUUAAAUAAAAACUCACAGUAUCGUA